GGAGAGAAGAAACAAAUCACACUCUCUGUGUCGCUCUCUGCAUCCCAACCAUGAGCCUGAGACAAUCUCUCCUUUGUGCACUUGUUUUUUGUGUAGGUACGUUAAGCUCUGUGUUUGCAAUGGCUGGAGAGGCAGUCACUGGCCUACUCAUGGCUGCUCCAGGGAAGGAGCUCACCACCAUGUCUUAUUUUUUGGACCUCACGUCAGCGGAUGUGGAAACAGUUGCGUUGUGGACCAAGGAUGGCAGGGUGGGCGGAUCAGUGGCCGAAAUAUCACCAGCAGGGGAAGGCUUCCAUGAAGAAUUUAGCAGCUCACCUGCCUGGAAUGGUGGAGUCCAUGAAGAGCCAAAGCUUUCCUCAGACUCCAGUACACCUGACCCUCUGCCCAUCGCUGAAACUAUUGAAUCGGGUGAAAUCGGUGCAUUUGUUUCCUUAGCACAGGCCUGGGUAUCUCCAAGCACCAGGUCCAGACCAUCAGGCCAGACUGGGGAGCAGGCAGUGACCUCCAGCUCACCAACUGGUGCCCUGUUCACUAGACCCAGCCUGGCAGCAGACAGCCCUGAUGGGGACUCCCCAGAUGACAGCACCACGACGACGGAAUCUGAUCCCGCUGAUCGACGGGACAGCACUGAGGCUCUGACAUCUGCAACGAGCGCACCAGACCUGCCAACUGCUGCCUCGGACUUUCCCACAACUGUUGCUACCUCCUACCCCUUGCUGCCAUCACCCCCGCACCCACCCAGCAGCACGGCGCUCAGCGGAUCGGUUGCCACAGUCACUGACUGGGAGGGGGCAGGUUCCAUCGGGAUGGACCCUGAGCAUCCGCCUGGGCUAGAAGGUCCAUCAGCGGAGCCAGGGUCCGCUCCCAAGGAUGCCAUUGGUACCAGACCCACCACAGCCAGGGAGGAACCUCUGGGCCCCAAACAGGUUACUUGCAGAGACUGGAGCAAAUUAGCUGGAAGGAAUUACGUUAUCCUGAACAUGACUGAAAACACUGAAUGUGAAGUGUUUCGGACUCGGGAAGGAUUAAAGCUGCUGAAGCUGGUGGCACAGUCGUUCUCCAGGAAACUGAGUUCCCCUGCUGACUCGUGGCUGAUAUCGCUGAGCAAACCCAGUGAGGACGAGAAGCACCUCCUGAUGAUGCUGGCCAGCGAUCGAGGCACAAUACCAGCAAAGGAGGUGCUCAUGAUGCUGGGAGAGGUGAAGGAAAACCUGAAAGAGAUUGGGAUCCACAAUGUCACAUCUGCUACAGGUUGCCAAGGGAGACCCAGCCAUCCCCGUGGAGAUUAUGGGAAACUCUUUGUUGUGCUCGUUAUCAUUGGCUCAAUCUGCGCAGUGAUCAUCGUUUCAGGCCUCGUCUACAUCUGCUGGCAACGAAGGCUUCCAAAGUUAAAGAACAUGUCUCAUGGCGAGGAACUCCAUUUUGUUGAGAAUGGUUGCCACGACAACCCAACUUUGGACAUAACCAUAGACAGCACUUCAGAGAUGCAGGAGAAGAAGCCCAGUGUGAAUGGCGAUGCAGUAGAAUGUUCCGGAGGCUGGAGCACACUUAUCACCAAAGGGUCAAAAGAUGAGCCGGACAGUCUUGAAGAAGACACCCACCUUUAGGAGCCUUCACCAUUUCUGAAUUAGCAUAGAGGAUAUAUUUUUUUUGAUGGACCCCUGUACUUUGCACAGAGGCAUCAUUGCUUCAUAAGGACUGACCUAAUGCUGCAUUCUAAUCCUACAAUAUUCCUUCGCUCUAUCACACCAUGAGUCCAUGGUUCAACAAAAAGAAAGCACUAAUAGUGAGCCAGUGGAAUUUGUUCAGUGCAUAUCUUGAGUGGAACCAUCUGAAAAUGAAAGUGACUGAUCACUUUAUACAUGGGAAUAGCAGAGUAUUUCACAGACAUCAUUUAUUCCCUUUCGUGCCCCACAUUUG